CUCUCACUCUCUCUCCUCCGAAAGAGCUCUACAGUUCUCGCAGUCCUCGUCAAUGGAAAAUGUGAGAAUUCUCACAGUCGCAGAGCUACUUGCGCGCGGCCGUCCCCUCACCGCCACGUCCUCCAUCUCUCCCAACUCGAACCAAAAGUCAAAGCUCCCCACCCGCUCCGUUCCCACCCACUCAAACCCUAGCCCCAAUCCCAACCCUCGCCCUAAGUUUCUCACUCCUCUCGACCACUUCGCCGUCAUCGUCGGAACCCUAGCCCUCCCCACUACCACCACCGCAUCCGAUUCUCCGUGCUCCUACAACACUUGCUUCCAAUUCUCCGACGGCGCCGCGGCUUCCAUCUGCUGCGAUAUUCUCGAUUUUGACGCUCGGAUUAUCGGGAAGAAAAUCAAUGUUCUCGCUUGGAAUUUCAUUCCCUUGAAACGCACCGGCGGGUUCUUGGAGAUUAUCAGAUGGAGCUUUCAAGAUUCCAAUGGCGGACUACGUCCCUGCAGUUCAAAUUUCAUGUAUGUUCCUCUGGCUAUAGGCUCUUCGACUGGCCGCGGAGAUGGAUCCAGAGCUCGGCAUGGUAUAUUCGGCACAUUGGAUUUGGUCAGCCCUUUGUCCACUGUUCCGUGUACAGCCGGUGAGAACAAUUCGAACACCAAUAAGGCUUUGGAUUCGAGCUAUUCCUCGAAUUUCCGAGGCUUUUUACUCCAAUUUAUGGUCUGUGAGUGCAAAUUUUGUAGUUCAAAGGAAUCAGUUCUGGCCCUGAAGGAUUCAGUUCGAGGGAAAAAUACACAUUCUUUUACCAAACCAAUGUUUGUAUAUUGUUCCGGUUCUGCUUCAUGUUGGCACCCUGUAUUUACGAAACUUGUAGGAAAUGUUGUUGCUUUGUCGGGCUUGAAAAAGAAGAUGGUUUUUAUAGGAAAGAAAGAGUCUAAACUAAUGUAUGUAACUACGGAAACUUCUGCAUUGCAUCUGCUUAGAUUGUCCAAAAACUGGUUGCCGAAAUGUACAGCUGAUACAAAAGGAAAAGGUGAAUGUGGCACGUAUAGAGGGCUAGUCAAAGGGGUGUAUAUGCACGGGAUGGUUGUCGAGCUGGACAAUGAGGUGUGGCUUUUAUUAACUGAUCAACUGCUUACUCCACCACAUAGUCUAAGGGCGGGUGCUCUCGUUACUGUGAGAAAUACCCAUUUUGUGAAUCCCAGAUUUUCUUGGACAAGAAUGCUUAUACUUGGUGCUUGCUUUAAGACUAGUGUUACUGUGGAAUCUUUCUCUCCAUUGGAAACUGGGUGUCAUGUACUUUUACAUUCACAGAGUUCGUUGGAGAAGUUUGUUGGGUCCUUAGCAUUUUCUGCCAGAUUAUGGGUAUUGCUUGUUGCCACAUGUUUCCGGAAAAAGUUUGCUGGUAUCUUAUCUGAAAAGGAGAUUUUGGGAACAAAAUAUAAGGAAGGGUUGGUUCAGACGUAUGCUAGUUCGCAUUUUCCUUCUUCGAUGCAUAAAACUCGGCAUGGAGUAUUCACAGAACUUUGCAACCAUGAUUCAUGCGUCUGCAGUUGUGAACCAUACACUGGCAACCUGAAUUUGGUAGUGCCCUUAUGUAUUUUCAUGUGCCGUUGUGAGGCCUUAUGGAUGAAAGCAGUGCAGUUGGAAAGUAACCGUGGAAAUUUGCACAAUAACAAGAAAUAUAACCUUCAAUUCUGUGAAGGGACAUCUCAUGUUCAGUCAGUUAGAAAGAUUUUUUCAAGUGAAGAUCUAGGUGUAACUUUGAUUGGAAGUUUGAAGACUUCUCCAUCUUCUGGAAGACUGCAGUUGGUUGAUGCAACUGGGAGCAUUGAUGUUCUUGUACCAGACCUUCCAUCAACUCAGGAUGCCAGUAGGAUAUACAAGGUAGUUGACUACAGUCUUGUUAUUGAAGGAAUGCCCCGGUCUGAGGAUUGUACAGGAUUGCUUGACAGUGAUUUAUUUUCAUGCAGAAACAUCUUUCAUCUGAUACCAUUGACAAGAAAGAUGAACUUAACAGUUUAUGUUUACUUUCGCCUGAGGAAUUCUAUGUGCAGAAAUCUUCCCUUUUAUCCUUGUACUGGACUUGGAGAAGAUGUGAAGAGACUUGAAAGUGAAACGUUUGACCUGCUUUUGGUUACCCACAAAUUUCCGGUUCUACAGAAGUUUUCAGGUGAUUUGGUGAUAGCGAACCCUUCAAGUAUGUUUGUGGAGGCCAUAAUCUUGCCUUGGAAAUUAUUUUUUUCUGGAAGUGAUCAACUUUCAUAUCCAACUGAGGUUUUAGGAGAUGAUCCGAAGAAUUCCAUGGAACCUUCUCCCAAGAGACGGAAGGUUGAUCACUCAUCAAGCAGGGGUUCAACUUCCAGUAUAAUAGGCACUUCCAGUGAGCCAACCAGAGAACUGAGUUCUUGUUCUAUUUACAUGGAAUCUAGCGAGAAACAGAGAUAUUGUGACUUGAGUUCUCGUGAGAUAUCUUGUUCAGCUAGGAUUAGUGGAGUUAACAGUCAGAGUCUAGGUUCAGUUGUCUUGCAUUGCACAAGUGCCAAAUCAAGUAAUGGUGGCUUUUCCAGACAAAGUGGACAGAAGGUAUUGCUGGAGUUUACAUCUGAAAGUUUUUAUAAGUAUCAGUUGUUGCAGAUUGGUUGUUAUUAUAUGGCAAAGCAUGAUGGAGAAGAUUCCUUUUGUAAUCUCAGGGAUUCUAUCUUUUCCAGCAGUGAUUAUAUUCUUAUCCCUUCCAAGACCCAUCUGUGGAGCCUUUCAUUUACUCCUGAUGAGAACUGUCAAAAUAGUUCAUCAAAACAUCUUCCAUUAGAUAACUCACUGAUAAAUGAUGAGGUGGCUGCAGACCGUGAUGAAGUACUUCUUCAGAUGUCCCCUGGAAAUGUUCCAGAUAUAUCUCUCUGUCUCCCUGAAAAUGAAAUCGGUUUUGGAGAGGUAAUCCUGACCGAAUUGGAAGAGGGCCUGAUCAAACCAGUCGUGACACCUGAAGAGAUUUUAAUGACUCCGCCUCUGCUGUCACUUGAUUUGAACUGCCUAUUUCCUCAGGGAAAUCUAUCAUCUUUGUGUGGGCAAGUGCUUGCUGUUCAUAGUGUUGAAGAGAAUUCUGUCGAUUCUUUUUUGAACUAUCAGAACAUUGGUGAUCCUCUGCAGCUGAGAUUAUUUCAGAGAGCUACAAGCAGCUGUAUUCAUGUUUUGGUGGACCAUCAGAUUGUAAGGCUAUCUGGUUCUUGGAGUAAACAUUCCUUUCCUGUCGGGUUCGGACCUGGUGUGGAUGCAACGUUUCACCAGGUUCUUGAAUUGCGGGGUCAAAAUAGAUGGAUGUUGACAUCUGCAUCAUUUAUUGUAAUCAAUUCCAUAAGGGCAGUAUGCUUUAACAAAAAUUCAGUAAGGGUAGUCAAUGAAUCGUGCAGUGACAAGCGCUCCAGUCCUGCUUCAUACGUUCAGAAUGAUGGGCCUCUAGACAUUGUUUCUUCGGGUUUGAUUUCUGAGUUGGUACAGUGCUUGGAUUCCAAGCCAAUGCAGUUUCAUUGCAGGGUUGUUGCUAUCCAUAUCGUGGUUUUGGAGAGGAAAAUUAGAAAUGCCAAUUAUCAGCCUACAGAUCACUUCAGGCCAUACCUUGUCAACAUCCCGCUUGCUGGUUUUGUUUUGGACGACGGCUCAUCCCCAUGUUGUUGCUGGGCUAAUUCCGAAAGAGCAGCAACCUUGCUAAGGCUGUAUGAAGAAUUCCCAGUGUCGGCUUUCGAUGCCAGUGGCUGGACCUUCAAGUGGAUGAGAAAAAACAACAGUGCAUCUAGUGCCACCAUCUACCAUCUUGAUAGAAUUUUAAAUAACCAUGACCGAAUUACAGUGAAGAACUUCGGAUCAAUGUUUGAGUCUUCCUAUCAAGAUCUCACUGUCUCUGUGAGUUCAGAAAACGCCCUCAGCAGCUACGACGAAAACCUCUUAAAGUUCAUAAUCUUUCACGCUUGCUUCAGCAAAAUUUGGACAAUUGUGGGGAGGAUGAUGGAUUCGAAUGCAAUCGAGCGGUUGAAGACGGCGAACGUUUUGGAAACGGAGGCGUCUGUGCAUUCCAUGCAACAUGUAUGGGCCAGAGAAGUUCACUACACAAGUCCUCUCACCGAGGCCAGGAAUGUUUUACAACUGCUCGACGGGUGAUUGUAAUAUGUCAAGACCAAAUUUAUGAUGUUCAUAUAA